CGGCCGCUGCGAGACUCGGGGACCCGGGUUCCGCGCCGCGAUCUGGUGCGGGGCGCGCGCAGCCGCGGGGAGCAGGGGCCGCGGAGAGCAGGAGCGCUGAGCCUCGGGGCCGCGGAGCUGCGGCGCGCUCCGGCCCAGCGCCCGCCCUGCUCGCUGGCCGGUCCCCCGCGGGGCGCGGUGGCGUGGACCCGGAGCCCGUCGCCGGCGGGGCGCGCACCGCCGUGAGCCCGGCGGCCCCGCGGCAGGCAGGCGCCCGCACUUCCAUGGUGGGCUCGGAGCGCGAUGAGCCGCCCGUCCUCCACCGGCCCCAGCGCUAGCAAGCCCUGCAGCAAGCCGCCGCCGCCGCAGCAGUCCCAGCACGCCCCGUCCCCGGCUGCGCCCCCGGCCGCCGCCACCAUCUCGGCUGCGGGGCCCGGCUCGUCCGCGGUGCCCGCCGCGGCGCCGGUGAUCUCGGGCCCGGGCGGCGGGGGCGGCGCCGGCCCGGUGUCUCCGCAGCACCACGAGCUGACCUCGCUCUUCGAGUGCCCAGUCUGCUUCGACUAUGUGCUGCCCCCCAUCCUGCAGUGCCAGGCUGGACAUCUGGUGUGUAACCAAUGCCGCCAGAAGUUGAGCUGCUGCCCGACGUGCCGGGGGGCGCUGACGCCCAGCAUCAGGAACCUGGCAAUGGAGAAGGUGGCCUCGGCGGUCCUGUUUCCUUGCAAGUACGCCACCACGGGCUGUUCCCUGACCCUGCACCACACGGAGAAGCCAGAGCACGAGGACAUCUGUGAGUACCGGCCCUACUCCUGCCCAUGCCCCGGAGCCUCCUGCAAGUGGCAGGGUUCCCUGGAGGCGGUGAUGUCCCACCUCAUGCACGCCCACAAGAGCAUCACCACCCUGCAGGGCGAGGACAUUGUCUUCCUGGCCACGGACAUCAACCUGCCGGGUGCCGUGGACUGGGUGAUGAUGCAGUCGUGCUUCGGCCACCACUUCAUGCUGGUGCUGGAGAAGCAGGAGAAGUACGAGGGCCACCAGCAGUUCUUCGCCAUCGUGCUGCUCAUCGGUACCCGCAAGCAGGCCGAGAACUUCGCCUACCGUCUGGAGCUAAACGGGAACCGGCGGAGACUGACGUGGGAGGCCACACCCCGAUCCAUCCACGACGGCGUGGCCGCGGCCAUCAUGAACAGCGACUGCCUGGUCUUUGACACGGCCAUCGCGCACCUCUUCGCCGACAACGGGAACCUGGGCAUCAAUGUGACGAUUUCUACGUGUUGCCCGUGAGGCACCUGAAGGACCUCCGAGGGUUUAGCAAUGUUUCUACAGGUGUUCGAGCCACUGUGUCAUCACAGGUCAUCCCCCACCCACACCACCCCCAGGGUGGGUUGGGGGAAUGGAGGUGCGGUAGGUUUUGGGAGAUUGGCCUUUUCCCAGCCGGUCGGUACUGGCCCAGCAAAGUCAGUUAACUUCAGGUGAAUGGGUUGGCCUGACAAUCCCUUGGAAGCUAUUCUGUGAUCUGAAAUUGACUGGAUGGUUAAAUUUCAUUUACUCCCCCCGCCCCCACGCCUCCCCAGUAGUGUUUGUCAUGUCCGCCCCCAGAAAAAAAGCACAGUGGUUGUCAGCAGAUUCCUUAACUUUUUUCUGACCUGGUCUUUAGUGAGGGGAGGGAUGGUUGUAGCAUAUCUUACACACGGUUUCUCAAACUGGUGGCUAGCCAUACAUAGCAGGGCUACACCCCCGAGAGCACAGAGUCACUGGCAGAUUCCAGAAGCCUGGGAAUUUCACAGCCCCAACAGGAUGGGGGUGGGGGGGGGGUGCAUUCUUUUCAGCAGGGAAGUUUGAGAAUCACUGGGGUAAACUGUGGGAAAGGGUCCAGAUUUUAAAAGGUGCUUUAAGACAGUUCCCUACUGCUACUCUUUGUCUUUCUACUGUUUUGCUCUCCAGACCCCUGACACCUUCAGAUUAAAACUAGAACCACAUCUCCCCUACAACUCACUCCCAAAAUUUGUUCAUUCUCUUGUGUUUGGGGUGAGUUGCCUAGGAAAGCGAGUUGGUAUGACAGGCAGCAAUAAUUCUCAGCUCAUUUGUUUUUGUUCAUCCCUAGUAAGAUGAUGCGUUUUCCAGCGACUCCCCCUUCAGGUCUCUUAGGCCAGACAGUGGGGAGGAUCAGGGUGGUAGAGUUGGACAAGCUUUAUAACCUGUGGCAUAUACUUGCUAUUUAAAGGUAUGUGUAUUAGGGUUGGGUGUUUUGUUUUGUUUUUCCACAUCCACGUUAGUUUUAUAAUAAAUAUUUUCCAAUAAUGAA